CAUCUAUCUGUGAGGUAGAGGGAAAACCAGGGAUCCUAUGAAAAUACUGAGUCCAAGAAGAAACUGGGUGUGAACCGAGACCACUCAUCCCUGGUGGGAAGCUGUGACGUGUGUUCUUGGGCAGGCUCUGAGGUUUUGGAACCUUUUUCUAAAAGGGACAGAGAGAGCACCCUGCAGCAUUUGCUAAUCGAGAGGCUGACGUGUUGGACUGAGCUGGUCAGGAUGAAGCAGGUUCCCAUGGGCAGCAGGCUUAUCCUGGUUCUCACCUUCAUCCUGGUUUGGGGAUCUUCAGUUCAAGGUUACCCUGCUCGGAGAGCCAGGUACCAGUGGGUACGAUGCAGUCCUGAUAGCAUCUCUGCAAACUGCUUGGAGCAGAAGGGACCACUGUUUGAUCUAAACGCAGAUGGAUCCAACAACAUCGACCCUCCAAUGACCAAUCCUAUUCUGAUGAGAGGAUUCCCAAAUGAUUUCUUCCCUAUUAUUGAUGACUAUUCUGGGUCGGGCUCAGGUUCUGGUUCUGGUUCCGGUUCCGGCUCCGGCUCCGGCUCCGGGUCUGGCUCAGGAAGUGGCUUCCUAGGUGACAUGGAGUGGGAAUACCAGCCAGCAGCUGAAAGCGAUGAUGUCUUUUUCAACUAUAAGCCUUUCGACAGGGUGCUCCACGAGAAAAACCAAGAGCAAUCAGAAGAUUUUAUUAUAUGAAAAUGGACGUUUCUGUUUCCCCACCUCCACAAAGAACAAUGUAUUCGGUAUAGUUGUGUACCAUGCUUAGAUGGUGAGUCUUGGGAUAAAGAGUUUUACAGAAAAUUUUAAAUGCCUGCAAAGACUCUUAAAUCCUGUUACCCUUUCCUCAUGAAUUCUUUAGGAAUCACACUUUAAUGCUGUUACCGCUCUAGAGAAUAUCUGCAUUUGUAUGUGUGUUAAUUCAACAUUAUUGAAAUUAACUCACACCCCCGUCAUUACUACAAGUUUUAAAAGUCAUGUUUUUAAAAAUUCAGUUUGAAGAGAAAAUUGAUGAACAGUAUUUCAUACCUAAAUAGUGUCCAGGAACUCAACUCAGAUUGAGAAUUACAGAAAUACUCCUUUUAUGAUUAAAAAAUGAAAUAAAAUGAAACCGUGACCUCCUA